AUGAACGCUCGCGUGGCCGCGCCCGCUCCCAUCCGGUCGAACGGCGAUCGCACGCCUUCUGUGCUCACCGUCCCCACUCCUAUUGUUCGUUCCGAGACGAGAAUUUCUGGCGAGAUCAUGGACAAUUCUGCGAUCCGGACGGAACCGACUAGCACCAGCACUCGAAGUGCUCGUCUCACAACUCAGGAAAACAAACACGACUAG